AUGACGCAACAAGCAAUUAGCGAUACGCUAGUUAGAAGAUCGCAAGGUGGUAAUCAGAGACGCCUUAUUUCAUGGUCUAGACAGGGUCAUUUGGCCUAUAGUGCCAAGCCUAAAAAUGGUUCUGCUAAUCUCUUCAUCACAUUCUUAGAAUGUGUUGAUGGUUGGACCUGGCAACUUGCACCACCUACCCCGUUUAGAGUUGAGAAUUUCGUUUCUGAUGGUCCCACGGAUUCUGGAAAUUUACUUUUCGAAGGAAGAAGACAAGAUGGUAAUGCAGACGUGAAGUUUCAACAGCAUCAACGACAGUAUGAACAGCUACCCGACUUGGACAUCGUCUCAUUUAGCAACACAGGCUGGGAUUUGUUUACAGCUGACUCAAACGGUAAUGUGUCAAUUCUUGUAACUGGUAUCAAGAAGCUGGUUCAUAAUAAAGAUUUUACCCCUCCUUUAUUUAACUCGCAGCAGUCAGGAGGUAAUGGAGGCAAUACCAACGUGAAUUCAUCGUCCAACGUGCCCUCAUUUCCACCUAUACAGUAUUCUAGGACGUCUUUCAAUACUGCAGAAUUGUUCUACUCGGAUUCGACAAACCUUCCUCUUCCUGAACUUUCCACCACGAAACAGAGAAGACUCAAUCAGUUGGUAACUAUGAAAUGGCUGAACAUUGAAAAGCCAGUGAUAGCCAACGCCCCUGCCGUGAAGAGCAAACAAACAGCAGACUCCAUUGUUCCCAGUGGAUGUGCUGCCAAAAUGGGUGCUGCCUCCCAGGAUGCUGGUGGCUACUAUUAUGUAUACAAUGCUCAUCAGUACAAGCCAUACGGUGCCAUGCAUCCACUAGCUACAAAACAGGCUUGUAUAGGAAUUCGACGCAACGGAAAAAUAUGCUUGUGGCAUCAAGAGGAUCAUGGUAUUGACUACAAAAGAGUGUGCGCUUCGUUGGAUUUAGACUGCAUUGAUGAUGAAGUUCUCGACUCUGCUAUCGCUUUUUCCAGAGAGGGGAGAGUCAUAGUGGCUGUUCACACCAUUGCAUCCAAUUCGCUAAAGUUUUAUGAUGUCGAAAUUGAUUGGGGAUAUUUAAUCGAAGCUGCAAAGCAUUUAGCAAAAAUGCCAGGUUAUCGGGUUCCUGACAACGAGAGAAUAUCUCCAAAACUAGUCAUCCGAAAGAUUUUCAAGUAUAAUCUCGGAGACUUGUCUGCAAACAACCAGAGACUUGUGUCUAUAGAUAUGAUAUCACCAAACUACCAUCAAUCAACCGAGUUGGAGGUUUUGCUUACCUUUGAAAAGGAAAGACGAUAUAGCAAUGAUCCGGUGGAAACUACUUUGGUGCGAUAUCAGUUGAAGGAACUUCCUUACCUCAGCACCAUUCAUCAUACCUUCAAGGAUAUUGCUAAGAAGACGGGUGUUGACACAGAGCAGUUGAAAGCCAGAAAGAACUACGACAUGAAAUUUAUGCAGAAACUUAACUUCAAUGAAUCCAUUGUUUGCGUUCAGGCAAUGAAUCUUGACAUGAUCAUCUGCAUUACUUUCUGUAAUGGUAUGAUAAAGACGCUUGAUAGAAACACGUUUGAGAUAGCGGAUAAUCUCUACCAACAGAAAUUCAGUUCAGAAUCGGAGAGCCCAUUUUUACCCUCCGCUAUCAACUCUUUGUGCGAUGCAGGAUUUGAGUUUCCUCAAAUGGACUUCCAGCCAGUAUACUGCUGCAUAUCUCCCAAUAUAUGUACCUAUGUGGCGCUACCUUUUGAUGAGUCUACCUUAUACAUUCGGUCUGCGGAGGCUAAUAUUGAUGAUAGUUUUCACAAGACUAAAAAUACCGGCUUGCUCUUGGCUACUGCUGCUGCAGUGGCUCUGAGGCACACAAGCGCAUGUUAUUUGGGAUUCUUCACCGAUGACUUGAUUGCCAAUAUUAGGACAGAAUUGGAGCACGUUUCUAGGACUGUAUCGGAAGGAUAUUCUUACAGGCUCCUAGUUGCCAUCCUUCAAGAAGCUCAAAGAGCUAUCAGUCUCAACAUAGAUAUAUCAGCAGAACAAACCGAUAAGAUGUCACAGAAUCAGCCUUUGCAGAGAAUACUGACCUUACAGCUCUCUUUAGGAACAGGGAAAAACUGGAAGAGAAAUAGAAGCGCCAAGGUGGCCCUCUCUUUAGUAAACAUGAGAUUUGUCGCAUCAUCUGUAAUGUACGCUAUUCACACCAUUUAUUCCAACAUCCAGAGAUUCUCGAGAAAAGGACUGAAUAUUCCGGAUACCUAUGUGAACUCUAGAGUUAGAGAGGACAGUAUCAUCUAUAUUAUUGGAGUGAUAAGAUGGUGUUUGGAUUACGUGGUUCUCUUGAGUAAGGAACUAUUGGAGUUAAAGAAUGCCUUCAAGAGAAAUAAUAAGCAAGAGAUUGAAAAGCUUAUCAGUACCCUUUUUGUGGUUCCUCUUAUUCUUGGCAAGGUUCCGAGAGCUUUUCUUCUUUUCUCCAUCGCAAAUAUAAGACGAUUAUUUUCAUUUGUUCAAAAGUUUGUGGAGAAAAACUAUUCAGGUUUAACAGCAUUGAUCACACCAGAGAAUCCAAUGGGCGCCUUCAAAGCUGUUGAAAAACAGCUUCUAUUGACACCUUCUAGUUCUCUUGCGGACGAUAUUAACGAGGCCGCUAAUUUGCAGAAUGGUAACGCAACUGCCGACAAGAAUUCUAAUAUAACUCAUGCAAUUACCUCACACCCUACUGUGGAAGCUUACUACAGGAUUGGUGCUAUGAUAGAGAACUGUCCAAUCCCUCUUCAAGCCUUUGAGAAAUUCCUUGCAGAUGCGGAUGCACCACUUCGGAAUUUGAGGCUUGAUCCUUCUACAUCGUUAGCGGUAGAACAGCAAAUUGUGUGUCAGGGUUAUGUGGCCAAAAACUUCAUUGAACCAUUGAGAAGGCUAUGCGAAGUUUUUAAUAAGACCAUAAUUUGCUCGCCACUGGUGGAUAUACCUAGUGUGUAUUUUUAUGAUACGCAAUGGCUUCGAUUGGAUGGUUAUAAUGAUGAGGAAGAGCUUGAAGAGUACUUUGAUGAGAGGCACUUGAGUGGAAUUGACAAAUUAAGUGAGCUUGCAAGUGAUUCUGUGCAAGUGAAAAGCGAAUUUGCUGGAAUGACACCUCCACUAUCAAAGAAGAGCAAAUCGAAGGUGGAAGACGUUCUUCUUGAACGUACAGACUACGAUUUUUCUAAACGAGGCGCCAGAAGAUUAAUUUAUAUGAACUGCUAUGAUGGAUUGGUGCUAGACACUCUGCGAAAGCAGUUAGUGAAAUCAUCAGAGUUUGUUCAGUAUGAUAAAACAAUGAUCGAUGGAAUUACAGGAGCAGGGGGAGGCACAAUGGCUACUGGAGUACCUGGAAACGGAACUACGGUAGGUGGGUCACCUCAGGGUACAGCUACAGUCGCAGGAGUCGAUAAUAAUAGAUCAGUUAUUCAUUCAAGCGCCAGCGCAGAGUCAAAAAAAAUUACUCUGAGGUUCUGCAUCCGGUGUGGUGCUAUAUCUUCUGUACACGACGAGAUGUUGUUUGUUCCAGGCCAUCCAAGCUUGAUAGAGAACCCAGUGUUUCAGCAUUACCAGAGGAUAUGUUUCUGUGGAGGGUCCUGGGCAAAUAUUUGA